AUUUGCAAUGGAAAAGAAUGUGAUCAAUGAUUCUUCUUCCCUUUUACACAUAACAUUUGUUCCUUAAAGACACGCCUCUCCUCCUCAAGUCCAAAGUCAAUAUCCUCUCAUGCAAAAAAUCUCUCUAUUUUCGGAAUCCAUGAGUUCCAAACAACUCUAGUUGGGAAUGACUCCCCCUAGCAUAAAAAAAUGAGUAGAAUGAUUUAACUAAGAACUUUCCACUCUUAGAAUCUAAGCAGGUUGUCCUAUCCUUUGUGUUCCAAUUCACAAUUUGCUUUAGAAGUUUGUGCAAAAAUGCCUUUACCAUCUUUAACCAUACACACCAUUGACCACUUGACCAAGUGAGGCUUUUGCUCUAGAGCUCCACCCUCCCCAAAAGAAGUUUUAUUGGAUCUUUUCUAGCUUUAAGUUUUCCCUUCUUGGAAUCACCAACAAGGACAUGUAAUAGAUUGACAGGUUGGAAAGAGUACUUCUAAUUAGUGUGACUUCCACUACAUCCCACAUUGCCAACAAUUUGAACGAGGUGCCCAAUGGAAGUCCCAGAUAUGUAUAAGGAAGCCUUUCCACCUGACAACCCAAUUCAAACACUAGUACUUCAAAUCAUCUACCUUUCCAACCGGAAUAAGUUCACUCUUCUCUAAAUUGAUUUUUAGCUUGGAGAUUGCCUCACACCACAUGAGAGUCCAAUUCAAAUGCAACAAUUGUUCUUGGCAUGCCUCACAAAAAAUAUGUUAUCAUUAGCAUAUGAUAGAUGAGUCACCUUGAGUCUCUCUUUGCCUCUCCCUCCUACCUUGAGACCUGAAAUAAAACCUCCUUCCUUUGCUUUUAUAAUAGUUGAUUGAACUCCUUCAUAGCCAAAACAAAUAAAUAAAGGAAAAGUGGAUCUUCUUGCCUUAGUCUGCUGGAACUUUAGAAGAAAAAUUUGUAGGGGUUCUGUAAAAUAAGAUUGAAAAAAUUGACUAAAGACAUGCACCACUUCAUCCAUCCCACCCACCUCUAACCAAAACUGAUUUUCUCCUGACAACUGGUAAGAAACCCUGUUAGGUCUUGUGUAGUUGCAUUUUGCUUUGCUUUAUUUUGUCUUUUGUAUACCACCUGUGUAUAUGGGGUGUGCCCCUUUUUGUUAGGAGCUGUUUAAUAUAUCCUUUGUUUGCCUAUAAAAUAAAAAAAGCAUUCCUCCCAAGAUAAACCUAAGCCAUGCUUUUCAAAAAUCCUUGCUUAGAAAUAUCGAAAAUGGCUGUUUGUGUUGUAAAAGAAAUAUCAGAAAUGUGAAUCAGGAAUUAUGAAAGUCAAUAUGCUUUUGGCUAGACACAUGGACAUAAGUGAGAGAUUUACUGAAAAAGGAUCCUUUUCUUUUUGCUAGGUAAGAUUCUUGUUGUUGUCUUAAACUUCAUGAAAAUACUCCCUUCUGCCACCAUCUGCCCCUCAACCCACACAUACACAAAAAUAAAGGUAGAAAAAUGAAAACCAAACAGUGCACAUAAAAAACAUACUGGCCCAAAUCUGAGGUGAACAAUGCAUGAAAAUCGUGAAAUACCUAUUCUCUGUGAUGAAGGUUGGCAAAAGUUUUAAGAACUUGCUUGAGCUGUUCCUGGAAGUUUUUGUGGUAUGUGGCAAUCUCGGUGUCCACUGUGGCCAUUGAAAGAUAAAAUAGUGGCAGUGAGGAGGUGGGUCUUUGUUGAAAUAAUUCUCUUCUCCAAUCCAAGAAGGGAAAACUGAUAGAGGAGGGUGGAUGAAUACCUUUAGUUUCUCUUUCAAACAACCUCAAGUUUACUCAAGUCGGAUGCCAAAGACAAACUUUGAAACUUCUAUGGGAUGGAUGAUUGGAAAAUGGUUGGAAGGAAAGCAAAAUUCAGAGCAAGAGAAAGUGAUUACAGUUUAUCCAACUGGGAACAGAAAGCUUCAGUAUAAUACCUGCAUUUUACACUUCAGGGCACUUCUCUAGUUGUUAAGGUUUUUAUUUGGUUCCUUCAUCUGAAGCACACUCAACAUUUGUCUAGCAUUUUAAAUCUGGUAGAAGCUCGUGUGGUGAAUCCACUGUAGGGCCAAAGAAUUGAAGCUCUCUCUGUCUUGAGCUGUAUUUAGUUCCAUAUCUGUUUUUUACUUCAUGUACAACUGCUAUAUAAUACAUUUGGAUAUUCGAGAGUGGAUUUACUUCAGAAGAAACUUGCCCUCAAUUUGUUUAAAUUUUUAGAAUAAACAAUAUGCCUUCAUGGUGGGGAAAAUCAUCAUCCAAAGAAGCAAAGAAGAAAACAAACAAGGAAAGUUUCAUCGACACAUUACAUCGAAAAUUUAAGAUUCCAUCUGAAGGUAAGGUGAGCAAUAGAUCAGGAGGGUCUCAUAGACGGUGCAGUGAUACAAUAUCAGAGAAGGGAUCUCAAUCCCGAGCAGAAUCAAGAUCACCAUCACCUUCCAAACUAGUGUCAAGAUGUCAAAGUUUUGUUGAAAGGCCUAAUGCCCAACCACUUCCACUUCCUGGUCGGCACCCUGCAAGUGUGGGUCGUACUGAUUCUGGAAUCAGUGUAUCAACAAAACAAAGAGUGGAAAAAGGCUCCAAGUCAUCAUUUCUUCCUCUCCCAAGACCCAGAUGCAUUGGGGGCAGACCCGAUCCUACAGAUUUAGAUGGUGAUUUUGUUGCAUCAGUUUAUAGCGAAGGUUCCACUGAUAGUGAAGAUGCAGCUGACUCACAUCAUCGUAGUCCCCAGGCAACUGACUAUGAUAAUGGGACUAGAACUGCUGCAAGCAUAUUUUCUAGUGUAAUGCUCAAGGAUCAGUCACCUGUUGCUCAUGUAAACGCAAGGGAGGCACAAAAACCAGCUAAUCUUUUGUUUAGUAAUCAUAUUUCCCCUACAUCACCUAAACGGAGGCCUUUAAGCAGCCAUGUACCAAAUUUACAGGUCCCUUAUCAUGGUGCUUUCGGCAGUGCUCCAGACAGCUCAAUGUCAAGUCCUUCAAGAAGUCCAUUGAGAGCAUUUGGCACUGACCAAGGUUUGAACUCUGCUUUCUGGGCUGGGAAACCUUAUUCAGAUGUUACUUUACUUGGAUCUGGCCACUGCUCCAGUCCAGGUUCAGGUCAGAAUUCUGGGCACAAUUCAAUGGGAGGAGAUAUGUCAGGACAGUUGUUUUGGCAACCCAGCAGGGGCAGCCCGGAGUAUUCUCCUAUACCUAGUCCCAGAAUGACAAGCCCUGGUCCCAGCUCCAGAAUUCAUAGUGGUGCAGUCACACCUCUUCAUCCCAGAGCUGGAGGAGCAGCCUCUGAAUCCCAGACAAGCUGGCCAGAUGAGGGGAAACAACAAAGCCACCGGUUGCCCCUUCCUCCUGUAGCAGUUUCUUCUUCUUCACCUUUCUCUCAUUCAAAUUCACCAGCACGCAGUCCAGGAAGAGCAGAGGCUCCAACAAGCCCAGGCUCUCGCUGGAAAAAGGGAAAGUUGCUGGGAAGAGGCACAUUUGGACAUGUUUAUGUUGGCUUUAACAGUGAAAGUGGUGAAAUGUGUGCAAUGAAGGAGGUGACACUAUUUUCAGAUGAUGCAAAGUCAAAGGAAAGUGCAAAACAGUUGGGGCAAGAAAUUGUUCUGCUUAGCCGCUUACGCCAUCCAAACAUUGUGCUGUAUUAUGGAUCUGAAACGGUUGGUGACAAACUUUAUAUAUACUUGGAGUAUGUAUCUGGUGGCUCCAUCUAUAAACUUCUUCAAGAAUAUGGCCAACUUGGUGAACUAGCAAUUCGUAGCUAUACCCAACAAAUCUUGUCAGGGCUUGCCUAUUUGCAUGCUAAAAAUACUGUCCAUAGGGAUAUUAAAGGGGCAAAUAUACUUGUAGACCCAAAUGGUCGAGUCAAGUUAGCAGAUUUUGGAAUGGCAAAGCAUAUCACUGGGCAGUCAUGUCCUUUAUCAUUCAAGGGAAGCCCAUACUGGAUGGCACCUGAGUUGUUCGCUCAGGUUAUAAAGAAUUCAAAUGGUUGCAACCUUGCUGUGGAUAUUUGGAGUCUAGGGUGCACAGUUUUGGAAAUGGCCACAACAAAACCACCCUGGAGUCAGUUUGAAGGGGUUGCUGCAAUGUUCAAGAUUGGGAAUAGUAAGGACCUCCCAGCAAUUCCUGAUCACCUUUCAGAUGAAGGUAAGGAUUUUGUAAGGCAGUGCUUGCAACGAAAUCCACUACAUCGUCCAACAGCUGCUCAGCUCUUGGAGCAUCCUUUCGUGAAAAAUGCUGCACCUCUGGAAAGACCUAUUUUGUCCCCUGAAACUUCAGAUCCACCUCCUGGAGUUACCAAUGGAGUGAAAUCUCUGGGAAUCGGACAUGCUAAAAAUCUUUCAUCCUUGGAUUCAGAAAGACUUGCAGUUCAUUCGUUUAGAGUUUUAAAAACUGGUUCCCAUUCAAGUGGUCCUCAUAUUGCGAGGAAUAUAUCAUGUCCUGUCUCUCCUAUUGGGAGCCCUCUUUUGCAUUCAAGGUCACCUCAACACCUGAAUGGAAGAAUGUCUCCUUCUCCUAUAUCCAGUCCUCGUACCACUUCUGGCCCAUCCACGCCUUUGACAGGUGGCAGUGGUGCCAUUCCAUUUCCUCAUCUGAAACCAUCAGUUUACCUGCAAGAGGGAUUUGGAAACGUUUCUAAGCCCCUAAACAAUCCCUAUUCCAACGGCCCCUCCUAUCAUGAUCCAAAUGCCGACAUCUUUCGAGGGAUGCAGCUAGGGUCUCACAUAUUCCCAGAAAGUGAUGCUCUUGGAAAGCAGUUUGGGAGGACUGCUCAUGUAGAAUUGUAUGAUGGGCAGUCGGUCUUAGCUGAUCGCGUCUCUCGGCAGCUCUUAAGGGAUCAAGUGAAGAUGAAUCCAUCUCUGGAUCUUAGUCCCUCCUCUAUGUUGCCCAGCCGGACCACUGGAAUCUAACUUCAUACGUUGUUUGGAAACCCAGCUACCAUCCAAAUCAAGCUCUUCUGUUUGACAGAUUGUUUUCUGGUUCUACAGGAUCAAUUUAUUUGUCAAAUAGUUUGCAAUAAGGAUCCAAAGUUGAAACUGUGGAAUAAGUUGGACUUUUGGAAGAAGAUAUGGUGGAAGACUUACCGCCAAUCAUGGAUUCUUGUGUCCAUGCUAAUGGUGUUUUAAGUUCUUCACAUCAAGAGUGAGCCAGGCUAUUUAAUGGAAGUGAUUUUCUCCUGAUGGGUGUCAAGCAGCAGCCAUCUAUUCAGUGGAAUCUUGCCUCCUAGCAAAUAAAGAAGUUGCUGUGUUGCAGUAGUUUAAGGUAUAUGAUGCUGCAUCGAAUUGUACAAAAUUGAGUGCCCUAAAACCUAUUCAUCUGACACUCCACUGAUCUGAGGUAUGAAAAUUUGAUUUUUCCAAGCGAGAGAGGUGGCUUCUGAUGAUCAAAAUGUGUUGCAGUUCCUUCAGUAUUGUAGUGAAAAAAAAAGGAACUGUAUGUCAGAUCAUCAAAUAGAAGAAAAAAGGAAGUCCGGAACGGUCUCUAGCUUUUAGACUAUUUUUUGGGGGUCUGAAACUGAUGUACAGGAGUUGGGUAUGGGUCCGGGUUUAGGCUCGGGCGGAGUCAAAUUCACCUGGUUGCAGGGCUUAUGACAGCUCUCAGUCUCAGGUGUAACUUAUCAUGAAAUACCCUGCCACCUGAUUUGUUGUAUGUACAUUACCACUUCAGUCAAUUGAAGAAAUCUAAUUUCAAGGCC